AUGUCUGAUCUCGAGCCCGCUGCAGCGGCAUUCUCGUCGUCUCCGCCGUCGACCCAGACAUCCGAUUCUACAGCAGCAGCCUCCAGCUAUGCCUUCCUCGUACACUCUCAGAAGACAUUGACUCAGAAUCUUCCUCCACGCGUCGACAACAAGUUGCUUGCACGCCAGAAGCGUCGUCGAACUAGUCCCGAAGACCACGCGAUCCUCGAAUCAGAAUAUCAGCGUAACCCAAAACCAGAUAAAGCUGCACGAGCAAGUAUUGUCAGUCGCGUGUCGUUGGGUGAAAAGGAGGUCCAGAUCUGGUUCCAAAAUCGUCGCCAGAAUGACCGUCGAAAGUCGAAGCCUCUGCAGCCCCACGAAUUUAUCGCUCCUCUGUCCGACGAAAUAAAGCCAAACAGCAGCGACGACACUCCAUAUGCAGAUCAAGAAUCCUCCAGCGGGCUGGAACAGGAUAACGACAGUAGUCUCGACCACGGCCAACAGCCAGCAAUGCUGCCCGAGGGCGAUUCGUUUGUAUCGGACGUGCAGGACAAGGAUGAGCCAGAUGCGCUUGAGCCGAGUUCACAAACCAGUGUUGCCUCGUCCGAGUUCCCUGGCUCCAGCCAGCAGCCUCCAAAUGGUGAUUCCGUUGAGUUGGACGCGUUGCAGAGGAUCGAAGAGGUGUCAAACAACGAGCGGCUUCAAACCUCCGCCAAAAGAAAACGCUCUGAAUCAGAUCUUCCUGGCGGUCAAAUGAUGAUAACAAACUCAACAACACCGGAUGUUCUCACCUCCGUAAGAUCGCCGCCGUCUUUAAGGAUAUCACUGUCCUUCGAUGGAGAAGCCAUGGUACGAAAGGAAGGCGAGCUAACUCCGUCCCCACCACAAGGUCGGAAUGCUCUUCGAAUCUCCAUGUCUGCAGAUGGUAAAGCAGUAAUCCGAGCUAACGGUGAACCGUCGCCGUCGAAGAACCGGAUCUCCAUGUUCUCCGCUCGCAAGCCGAGGGUCUCUACCCUUCAACGAAGCAACAGUGCUGUUGUCUUGGGCACGCCUCAUGGCUCGCUUGAAAAGGAAAGAAGCUUUGGAAGGUCACUCGACUCCCGCAACUGGGAGUCUUUCUUCGAUACGGACGCGAGGAGCGCGCUUUCGACGCCGCUCAGUUCUCAGAGCACGCCGAACGCUGCGUCAGGAAGCUUACGAUCAAGUGGGCAACGUUCCUUGACCAGGAGCUUGUCUGCACGACACACCUCACUUCUUACACCCACUACCUCGGACCAUCAGGCCACACCAAUUAGACAAGCAAUGCGGGAGAAGAGACGCAAACUAUCUCGAACAGUUUCUUCACUCGGUCGAUUGGAGUCUGGCAGGAAGGCCCUUGGCGACAAACCGGCCUCAUCCAAGCUAAAGAACACCAAAGACGGUGGGGAUGUCGACUUGGACGGUGGUGAUUCCGACAAGGAGAACUGGAUCCCAGGGACCAGGGUCACUCACGCUCGCCGAAGGACAGUCUCGCAUCAUCAAUCCCAGAGACCCAUUCUCAAGGAUCCAAACAGCAGCAAACCGUACAACAAAAACCUGGCCGCCGCAAGCCGCUCGCGGUUGUCACAAACUAAUCGGAAAACAAGCGGCGGGUCAACCAAGUCCAUGCCAGGUCUGGGCAAUGACGUCUCUGCAGCAUUUAUUGCUGGUGAGAAUACCGCAAGCCAGGAAGAAGACAUGGACUGUAUCCAGGGACUGUUAUCUCUCAGUCAAGGUGCAUGGAGGUGA